AUCAUGGGUGAGCCUCAGUUGGAUCGCAACAUGCCAAGCGAAUGGGUCUUACUGAUCAUCUGCCUGAUCCCGAUGGCCUCCGGGGGCACUACGGCGCCACCGUUAAGCGCCAGUCCCAUAGUCUUCGCCCGGAAUCUAUUCCGGGCCGUCAACGAUGUGGAUCCCCCAGUGAAUAUGAUGGUUUCCCCGGCGGCUGCCCGUAGUGCCAUGACCUUGGUUUUCAUGGGGGCCGGCGGGAAAAGUGCGGAUGAACUGCGUUCCAAAUUGAUCCUGGGAGUGGGCAAUAAGUCGAAGAUCGCCGAACAUCAUGCGGAAACCUGGAGCGAAGAGUGUUCUUGUGUGAAAAAAGGAGUGGCCUUGCGUCUCGUGACCCGAUUGUACUUCAAUGAAGAAGAGAAAAUACUACCGGACUUCAAUACCCGAGCCAUGGAGUUCUUUAACGCUCAGGCAGAUCCACUUAACUAUCUGAAUCCCGAGGAUUCGGUGAAGAAAGUGAACAAGUGGCUGGCAAAGCAAACGUUUUACACUGUGAGAAACCUGUUCACCCCAGAUGUGUUCAGUCUCGAGUCCAGUGUGAUUCUGGUCAAUUCCUUGUUCUUUCGUGCCAAGUGGGCCAAUGUAUUCCCUGAGCAACUGACCAAGGUCGAUGAUUUCUGGAUUAAUCCUCUCCAACGAAUGGAACUACCCAUGAUGCAACAGAUCGGCAAGUUUCGAUAUGGCGAGUCCAAGAAACUUAAGUCACAGAUUUUGCAGCUGCCGUUUGAGAAGUCUAACCUGACCAUGAUGAUUAUCCUGCCCAGGGAUAUUGAUGGAUUGCCAAAAUUGGAGGAAAAACUGGGCCAGCUGGACAUGAAUGAGGUGGCUGCCAAAAGUUUGAUGAACGAUGUGGAUGUGAUAAUUCCUAAAUUUAGAAUCGAGUUCAAUAUAGAUCUAAAAGUACCACUGCAAAAGUUAGGAAUAAAUCGGGUUUUUGAGCCUGGACAAGCAGACUUAAGUGGCCUUUUUGGCAAGAAAUCACUGCAAAGGAUUUCGGAGGCCAGGCACAGCUUAUUUCUAAAUGUUAAUGAAACUGGCUGUGAAACUGGUCCGGAAACGGACGUUCAACCCGAAGUCGUAAAAGAUAAUCCCGAUCGCAAGGUUUUUAAGGCCGACCGUCCGUUCGUCUUUGCCAUUCGCAAUAAGAAAAACGUUUACUUUGUUGGCCAUUUCAUAAAGCCCUAAUUGCGGGAGCCGUGUUACAAAUAUUUUGAUGGUGAUGACCCGCAGGCAAUCACGGCAAUAUGGCAAUAUCCCAAUGAACAUCAAAUUAUUGCCAAACAAAUGUACACAAUGCAUCUGAAAUACAAAAACAGCAGGCACAGGCAAA